GCCGACAGGCAGGCGGGGCAUGGCUCACAUGAGCGGCCGGGCAGGGUCGGGUCAGGGACAAUGAGCGGAGCGGCUGCACGGCCGCCCGGUUCCCGUGGGCACCGUUCCCCGGCCAUGCAGCGGGGAACAGCGGCGGCAGCUCUGGCUCUGCUCGCUGUGCUGACUUGUUGCAGAGCGAACCCGGAACCCCAGCCGCACGGAGCCCGGGACCAAGGGAACAUGAACGUACUCUUCAUUAUUGCCGAUGAUCUGCGGACCAGCCUGGGUUGCUAUGGAGAUCCAUUAGUCAAAUCACCAAACAUUGACCAACUUGCUUCCAAGAGCAUUGUUUUUAAAAAUGCAUUUGCCCAACAAGCUCUAUGUGGACCCAGUCGAACGUCCUUCCUGACCAGUCGACGUCCCGACACCACCCGGCUGUUCGACCACAACUCCUACUGGAGGACACACGCGGGCAACUACACCACGCUGCCUCAGUACCUAAAGAUGAACAGCUUCCUAACCCUGUCGGUGGGAAAAGUCUUUCACCCAGGGAUAGUGUCCAAUCAUACAGAUGAUUAUCCGUACAGCUGGUCCAUUCCUCCAUUUCAUCCUUCAACGCAAAAAUAUAAAAAUGCCAAGGUGUGCAAGGGACCGGAUGGUAAAAGAUACGCAAACUUAGUGUGCCCAGUGGAUGUGAAGGAAAUGCCAGAACAAACACUGCCUGAUAUACAGAGCACCGAUGAGGCAAUUCGUUUACUGAAAAAAGUAAAAAGCACAGGAAACCCUUUCUUUUUAGCUGUUGGUUAUCACAAACCACACAUUCCACUCAAAUAUCCCGAGGAAUUUUUGAAGCUAUAUCCACUUGAGGAGAUCCACCUUGCACCUGACCCUAAAGUGCCAUCGAAAUUACCUCCAGUGGCAUAUAAUCCAUGGACUGACGUGAGAUCGAGAGAUGAUGUCCGGGCUCUUAACAUAAGUUUUCCAUAUGGACCCAUUCCUGAUAACUUUCAGGUAUUGAUUCGCCAGAGUUAUUUUGCUGCCGUCUCAUACAUGGACACUCAAGUGGGCCGUCUCUUGAAUGCGCUGGAAGAACAAGGACUGGCCAAUAACACAAUUGUUGUGUUCACGUCUGACCACGGUUGGUCGCUAGGCGAGCACGGAGAAUGGGCCAAGUACAGUAACUUUGAUGUAGCAACCCGUGUGCCUUUGAUGUUUUAUGUGCCAGGACUGACUGCGGCUUUACCUCUUCCAAAGCAAAGAGUGUUUCCCUUCAUUAAUCCUUUCACUGAUAAAGUGGGGAAUUGGCCGAGAGGUUCGAUGGUGGAAUUUAACGUGGAAUUGGUCGACCUGUUCCCGAUGGUCUGUCUGCUGCUCAGGCUACCCGUACCCCCACCGUGUCCAAAGCCUUCCUUUCACGUGGAGCUCUGCACCGAGGGAGAACCUAUAGCCGACCUUUGGAACCACAGGGCCACCAGCGAUGCCAAGGAUGAAUCGUUUGUCUUCACCCAGUACCCCCGCCCAGCGGACAUCCCUCAGCCCAACUCUGACCUGCCUUUGCUGGACGACAUCCGCAUCAUGGGAUACUCCAUCCGCUCCAACGAUUACAGGUUCACAGAGUGGGUGAGCUACAACCCAUCCACAUUCACCGCCAAUCUCACCGACAUCCAUGCAGGAGAACUCUACCUCCACAUGUCCGAUCCCGGGCAAGACAACAACCUGUAUAACAACCUUGAAUUUGCUGCGCUGGUCCGUAAGUUAUCGACUUUAAUUAAAGUCUGAGGAUCAUGUAGAUUUGAAUGCAGUUGUUAUGUGGAACUGAUUUUUUUACGCUGAGUUUAAAAACACUGCCCUCCAUAAUGUUUUGGACAAAGACCCAUCAUUUAUUUAUUUGCCUCUGUACUCCACAAUUUGAGAUUUGUAAUAGAAAAAAAAUCACAUGUGGUUAAAGUGCACAUUGUCAGAUUUUAUUAAAGGCCAAUUUUUAUACAUUUUGGUUUCACCAUGUAGAAAUUAGAGCUGUGUUUAUACGCAGUCCCCCCAUUUCAGAGCACCAUAAUGUUUGGGACACAUGGCUUCACAGGUGUGUUUAAUUGCUCAGGUGUGUUUAAUUGCCUACUUAAUACAGGUAUAAGAGAGAUCUCAGCACCUAGUCUUUCCAUCAGAAAUGAGGAAAAUUGGAUUGACAGAAAUAUCAGUAAAGAACAUUCUAGAGUGUGGAGGAAAAUGAAUAACGUUGUUGUUUGAUUUCUUGAGGGCCUCUGGGCUUAUAAAAAGGAUCUAAUAUAAAGACAUGAGUACUGUGGAAUGAAGCCAGAAGGUGGCAGCAAUGCAACAUUGCGGAUGCCGGCUGCCGUAAAACUCCAAAGAAGAAGAAGUCUUUCCAUCACCUUUGGAAACUUUAAUUGCUGUUUAUCAGCAUGAGGACCAAAGUUGUGCCAAUGAAAGUCAAAGAAACCAUUAUGAGACUGAGAACCAAGAAUACAACUGUUAGAGACAUCAGCCAAACCUGAGGCUUACCAAAAUCAACUGUCUGGAACAUCAUUAAGAAGAAAGAGAGCACUGGUGAGCUUACUAAUCGCAAAGGGACUGGCAGGCCAAGGAAGACCUCCACAGCUGAUGACAGAAGAAUUCUCUCUUUAAUAAAGAAAAAUCCCCAAACGCCUGUCCGACUGAUCAGAAACCCUCUUCAGGUGUCAGGUGUGAAUUUGUCAAUGACCACUGUCCACAGAAGACUUCAUGAACAGAAAUACAGAGGCUGUACUGCAAGAUGCAAACCACUGGUUAGCCGCAAAAAUAGAAUGGCCUGGUUACAGUUUGCCAAGAAGUACCUAAAAGAUCAACCACAGUUCUGGAAAAAGGUCUUGUGGACAGAUGAGACAAAGAUUAUCUUAUAUCAGAAUGAUGGCAAGAGCACAAUAAGGAGGAGAGAAGGAACUGCCCAAGAUCCAAAGCAUACCACCUCAUCUGUGAAACAUAGUGGUGGAGGUGUUAUGGCCUGGGCAUGUUUGACUGCUGUAGGUACUGGCUCACUUAUCUUCAUUGAUGAUACAACUGCUGAUGGUAGUAGCAUAAUGAAUUCUGAAGUGCAUAAACACAUCCUAUAUGCUCAAAUUUCUACAGAUAACUGCAAUUCUGGUUCAUACCAAAGAUAGACACAAAAUGCUGGAAUAACCCAACGGGUCAGGCAGCAUCUCUGAAGGAAAUGGACAAAUUAUGUUUUAAGUCUGAAGAAGGGUCUUGAUUCGAAAUGUCACCUAUUCCUUUUCUCCAGAGAUGCUAUCUGACCCGUUGAGUUAUCCCAGUAUUUUGUGUCUAUCUUUGCGUGCAAUAUUCGAUUCUUUAUUGUCAAGCGUACCAAGGUAUAGUGAAAUUAUUUUUUGUUUGCAAAUAGAUCAGUUAGAUUAUUGCCAUACUUAAGUACAAUCCCCAUUUAAGUACAGAAUGUAUAGAAACAGCCCACAGAUUCACAGAAACAGCCCACGGAUUCCAUAUGCACGAGUCACCAGAUUUUGGCGUCAUUUUCAAAGUCCCAGUUGCAGCUCAUUGUAGAUCUUGCCUCCAUUCUGGAUCGUCCAGCAAACCGUCAUCACUCUCCUUACCUGGCCCCACCGCCCCAAGGUGUGCCUCCCGCAGCUGACCUGGAGGACACAGAAGGUAAGACCCCCGGUUCUUCUUACUGGUCCUUUGUCCUUCGCCAACUCCCUACACCCUCCUCUGCGGUUCCCGGGAGUGAGCAGGAGAUGAAUUUCGCACGAGGCCCCCAGUCCACAUGGUUCUCGUUACUGCGGCGGGUGGGUCAGGCCUGCUGCCAGGCGGUGAAAGGCCGCGGCUUGUCGAUUCUGCCGCGCAGCUCACCGGGAUAUGUGGAGAACAUAGAAUGCUGAGUUACUCCAGCAUUUUGUGUCUGUAUCUUUGAUGUAAACCAUCAUCUGCAGUUCCUUCCCCUCCUGUCCCUUGCACUGCUAUUGGUAAAUUUAAUGUUGCCUUUUAUUAAUAACUUGUUUUGAGCUGGCUCUAGUGUUUGGACAGCGGGUCGUUUCAAACAGGUUACUUCUGACGUUGAACUCUUGCUGCGUUUUCUUCUUCUUCUUUCAUGUGGCGUGCACAGCCUAAAGUUUUUGGACAACUUGUUCUAUUUGAUCAUCCAUUUGUGCACGUCGAGUUGAUUGCAUUAGUCGAAACGGGGCAGACCACGUGAAGGUUGCAAUCUUCCACCCCUUGCUGUGUUUUGAGGUCUAUGUGAGAUCGCAAUUUACAGCAAAAUCCUGCAAAUUUCAACACUGACAAACGACAAGUGAAAUCCACUUUGUUAUGAGCGUGGAAUAAAUUGUUGGUUGAGAAUUUCAA